UGCUGGCCACGUGGCUCCAGUCUCGGGGCCUCCUCGCCAUUGCUGAGAUGUCCGAUCCCCGUCUUCCUUCCUCUUGGUUUAUUGUCAUUUUGCCACAUUGCAUCUUCCAGUGGUUUCCUGAUAAAGGGAUUUCGUUGUUUUUGCUCUUUGCGUGUUUGAAAACACCUCUACUCCUCCCUCAAACUUGUUUGAAAAUUUGGCUAGGUUUAGAAUUGUAGGUUGAAAAUUUUUUCUUCUCAGAAUCUGAGGGUAGAUGGUCUUCUAUUCACCAUUCUCCUGCCUCCUGUGGGAUGCCAUCUAUGCCUCUUGUGUGUGACCUGUUUGUUUCCUCUGGAGAAUUUUGGAAUCUCCCUUUUAUCCUUGGUGUUUUACAUUUCAGAGAGAUGGGCCUUGGGCCAGUCUGUUCAUUCAUUGUGCUGGGCCCGCCUUGUGCCCUGUCAGCCUGGGAAUGUACUUGCUGCUGUUUAAGGGAACGCUCGUCUUACUCCUUUGAUGAUUUUUCCCUUCCUUUUUUCUGUCAUCUUUCUGGAACUUGGUAACUGGGUGAUGGGCCACCUAAACCUAUCCUCUCAUUAUCUUUUCUUUCCUGUUGUCCACUUCUUUGUCUUUUUGUUUUUCCCUUUGGAAGAGGUCUUGAGUUUUUACAUUACUAUUAUUACCCCUUGCAUCUCCAGGAGCACUCCCUCGUUCUUCCUUUCUCGGGGCGCUGCUGUCUUCUAAGGGCCCCGCUGGAUGUGCUGGCGCCCUGCACUGUGGGAUGCAGAUAACGUGCCCAGCGCCUGCCCCGCAGGCGGUGGUGAGGCUCCCUGGGUGAGUCCAGGCGAGUGCGUUCCUCGAGGAGCACCUGGCACCUCAGCAAGCGCUAGGCCCACAUUCUGACGUCAUCGCUCUCCUUAGGGAUUAGCUCCCUGCGGCGGUAGUUGUCGCUUCUUUGAUCUUUUGUUGGUGCACUGUCCCUCUUCCCUCCGUGUGCCUUCUUUGUUGUGAUGUUUUCUCUCACAGGUCUUUCGACCCUGAGCUCUUGGUUCUUGUUUAAAUGGAGCCACUGUGGAGCAGAGAGGCAGGUCUGUGAGCAGGUGGGCUUUUCACCUGGAGGACUUUCCUGUGGUUGGUCAUUUCUUUAAGGACCUCAGGUGAUUGAAUCUCGAGGCCUUUUCUCUCGGGCUUUGGUGUUUUGGAGAGGAACCCUUGUGGAAACGAUCCACUCCUGGCAGCCAGCGUUUGGGAAACCAGAAGUGGGAGUAGCUGUGUGCUCCUGCCUGACCGGACGGGGCCUGGCUUGGGGACCCAGCAGUUCAGCAGAGCAGAUAGACUUCCUGCCAUCUCGGUGCCCAGCAUCUGGCAGGGAGCCUGCCCCAGGCCGUGGAUGCACACGUAGACGCCCCCAGCAUCGUCCACAGCGCUUGGGGAAGCCCGCUCACACUGGCGGCCUGGCAGAGGACACCUUUCCCGUAUCCUCCUGAUGCCUUGGGGUGGGGGGCCCCUGUGCCCUGCCCCCACGCUUGACUGCAAGUCUCAGAUGCUCCUCAGGGGCUGCUGGGCCUUCUCCAUGGUUUUCACAUCCUCCAGGCAGCCACCCUGCAGCAAAGGGCGACAUCGCCGCUCUUUGUGCCAUCGCGAAGGCACUGUACUCUUGCCACGCGAGGAGCCGCGGGGCACUGGGGCAGAACAAGUGGCAGAAUUGAGUCACUGCACAGCCCGUGGUGCUUUUGAAAUGCCCAACUGGGUGCCCUCAGUCAGGACCACAUUUACGCUGUGGCAUCAGUAAUACCCAUCAAAUUCAUGCUGGUGAUUUAAAUUUUAUUGGUUGUGCAAUUUUAGUAUUUAGUUUGUCUGUUUAUUUUGAUUUUAGAGCUCUUCUAAAUUCUGCAGAGGGUAUUUCUAAUUUUAGGUUCGUACUUACUUACGUAGCCUAAUGAAAAUAAUUUCUCACCACUGGCAGUCAUGCAGUUUUUCUUAAAAGAUUCACUCCGUUUUAAUGAAGUUUGAAAAUCGCUGACAGGGACUUCCUGGUGACACCGUAGUUAAGAAUCCUCCUGCCAAUGCAGGGGACAUGGGUUUGAGCCCUGGUCCAGGAAGAUCCCACAUGCCGCGGAGCAGCUAAGCCCAUGCGCCACAACUACUGAGCCUGCGCUCUAGAGCCCACGAGCCACAACUAAAGCCUACGUGCCUGGAGCCCGUGCUCUGCAAGAAGAGAAACCACCGCAAUGAGAAGCCCGCGCAACGGAGUAGCCCCUGCUCGCCACAGCUGGAGAAAGCCCGCAUGCAGCAACGAAGACCUAACGCAGCCAUAAAUGAAUGAAUGAAUGAGUGAAAGAAAAUCAGUGACAGAGCUAGAAUACCAUUAAUUAUAUUGUGCACCCCCUGGGUAUAAAUGACAUAAAUUUUUAGUUCCUUUUAGUCCAAUACAGAAUAUUUUAGUUUCAUUUAAGCAAAUUAGGUUAUUUCAGGUAAUUUAAUUUAAAAAGUGACACUUCUAACAAGAAGCCUAAUCCUUUCCCCAAGGCUUACUGAAGAUUUAAAGGGAAAAAAAAAAAAAGAAUCCCAGGCGGUAGAAUUCGGUGUGCUCUUAAAUGUCAAUAAACCAUACCAAUGCAGUAAGAACUUAUUUUGCAGGAAGGAUAUCGUAUAUUAACAAAUAAAUGUAUUGCAGACCUUUAAGAAUUGCAGUAUAUUAUGACCACUUUUCGGAAGCAUUCUUCAAGUAGUUUCAACUUUGCGGUCAAUUUCUCAUUAGUAGCUGAUGUCAUCUCGACUGUGGAGUUUAGUCACUCUGGAGACCUUCUUGCAACAGGAGACAAGGGCGGCAGAGUGGUUAUUUUCCAGCGGGAACAAGAGAAUAAAAGCCGCCCUCAUUCCAGGGGGGAAUAUAACGUUUACAGUACCUUUCAAAGUCACGAACCAGAGUUUGACUAUUUGAAGAGUCUAGAAAUUGAAGAAAAAAUUAAUAAGAUUAGGUGGCUACCACAACAGGGCGCUGCUCGUUUUCUGCUCUCUACAAAUGAUAAAACUAUUAAAUUAUGGAAAAUAAGUGAACGGGAUAAAAGAGCAGAAGGCUAUAACUUAAAAGAUGAAGAUGGACGACUUCGAGAUCCACUUAGAAUCACAGCACUACGGGUCCCAAUAUUGAAGCCCAUGGACCUUAUGGUAGAAGCAAGUCCACGACGAGUUUUUGCAAAUGCUCACACAUAUCAUAUAAAUUCCAUUUCAGUAAAUAGUGAUCAUGAAACGUAUCUUUCUGCAGAUGACCUGAGAAUUAAUCUAUGGCAUUUAGAAAUCACAGACAGAAGUUUUAACAUCGUGGACAUCAAGCCUGCCAACAUGGAAGAGCUGACGGAGGUGAUCACAGCCGCCGAGUUCCACCCGCACCAGUGUAACGUGCUCGUCUACAGCAGCAGCAAGGGGACCAUCAGACUGUGCGACAUGCGCUCCUCCGCCCUGUGCGACCGCCACUCCAAGUUUUUUGAAGAGCCGGAAGACCCCAGCAGUAGGUCCUUCUUCUCAGAAAUAAUCUCUUCUGUGUCCGACGUGAAAUUCAGCCACAGCGGUCGGUACAUGAUGACCCGAGACUACCUGUCGGUGAAGGUGUGGGACCUCAACAUGGAGAGCCGGCCUGUCGAGACCCACCAGGUCCACGAGUACCUUCGAAGCAAGCUGUGUUCCCUGUACGAAAAUGACUGCAUCUUUGACAAGUUUGAGUGCUGCUGGAACGGCUCCGACAGUGCAAUCAUGACUGGGUCCUACAACAACUUCUUCAGAAUGUUCGAUAGGACUACAUGGAGGGAUGUUACGCUGGAAGCUUCCAGGGAGAACAGCAAGCCUCGCGCCAGCUUGAAGCCUCGCAGAGUGUGUGCAGGUGGGAAGAGAAAGAAGGACGAGGUGAGCGUGGACAGCCUGGACUUCAGCAAGAAGAUUCUGCACACAGCCUGGCACCCAGUGGAGAACAUCAUUGCCGUGGCUGCCACCAAUAACCUGUACAUAUUCCAGGACAAGGCCAACUAAGGAGGCAGCGGGACCUGCGUCUCGUGCAGAAUCGCGCCUGCUCAUUUGGUGCCAGAGGACAGGCGACAUCCUCUCCGUGAAGAGCAGGGACGCCCUCCUGCCUCCGCCCAGACUGCACGGGCUGGCUGCGCGGGUGCCCGCGGGCUUCUGCUUCAGCAAGGUGAGCUCUGGGUGUCGCUGCUCAGGUGAGAAGCCUGCUCGAAGCAGAGUGAUGGACGGGACUCAGAAGAGGCCAUUGCUAAAAUAAACAUAUUUAUUGAAGUCUGAGCCUUCCUUCCAAUUUAUAGACCAAAAGUUAACAUCCAAGAGGAAAGCUGUCAGAUUCAGUGUCUGCUCCUGUCGAGCUCUCCUCCUCCUCUGCUGUCAUCCUGGGGCCUCCACGUGCGUGGCUGCUGCCCGCCUUCCCUCAGCCUCUCUCAGCCCAGGCGGGGCCUCGGCCGGCGCGGAGAUUCGGCCGAGCGGGCUCAGGCCGCUUUACUCCCAUCGCGCCUCUGGUGUAACCGCCUAAUAAAAGCAACACACUCUAAAAAGUGUUUUUAAGUCCAAAA